GUUAUUAUAAAUACACUUCGUAAUUAUAAAAACGAAUUUAUUUUUUAGUUAAAAUUAUAAUUAAAAUUUUAGGUUAUGUUGCACUACCGUCAGAAGGCUAAAACAUUAACCCCACCCCCUUUUGCAAAUGGCAUCGUGGGCAUAGGGAGGCCUACUUAUUGAUUUUUUGAAUUAUCUUUCAUGGCAAUGCAAAUGAAAAUUAUUUUUUGUCGCUGAUAUACGUAAAAAAUUUGCAAUUUCUUAUAAAUUGGCUUACCAAUUUUAAGAAAACAAAUUAUCUAUGUAGCGUAGAAUUUGUUUAUACACUUUUUAAUUUUAUCAUAUAUCUGUUACGCCUCUGCUUCGGGAAUCCUAUCCUAUCCUACAUAAUGAGGUUAUAAACUAAGUUUUAUUUACACCUGCACCAGCUGAAACUUUAAGAAAAUCUACUGUUAGUAUCAAUAAUCAAUUAAUUGGGUGCUUAAUAAAAACAAUUAUUAUUUACUAUAACAACAACACAUGCUUCGUACAAAUACUAGAAACAAAAGAAAAUAAAGUGAAAAAGUCUUGCGUGCAGCGCCUCUACCGUGAAGUAUUCUUCAUUAUGGGAAUUAAAAAUCUAAAGGUCCUAAGCUGGAUACAUGGAUAUUGCCAUUUUGAUGUGAAGUGACAGUGAAUUUUAUUAAUAAUCGUUAAAUAAAUUGAAACAAGUUCUAGUUAAUUAUUGUUACUGAAACAUCGGUUAUUAUUUAAAUUCACCAAACAUCCACAAGUAAUUAGCAAAUUGUAGUUUAUCGUGAAUAGGUUGUUACAUUUUGUACAGUGUUUGGAGAUGGGUAGUUUUAUAAAUAACACUUUUUUAGAAAUGUAUAAUAAAGUGUGAUUAUUUUUGUGAUGCACCAUGGUGCUGGUGAACAUCAAAAUGUGACUUUUGCUUUUGUUUACUUUACCGGUUACAAUUAUUUCUAAAAAAAUGGCGCAAAAUUCAAAUUAUAAACAUCUGAAUUUAGUUCGUAUAAAUGAUUAACGGUAAUGUAAUUACCGAUAAAAUAAUAGUGAAUUAAAUACCAAGUAUUUGAACUCAUAAUGGAUCCGAUUUUAAGUCGGCUUGGUGACGUUACAAUCCAACGAUUAGAAAAACCUAAAAGGCCACCUCUUCCAAAGCCUGACGAUGUCGAGAUCCAAAAAAUUGAAAAAGGGAAAGAUAAAGAAAAAGAAGAAAAGAAGGUCCUACAAAGGGAACCCUCCAGAGAACCUUCAUACAUCAGAGGACCUGUUGAAACUGAUAUAAUAAAUAGUAAAAGAACUAUAAGUUAUUCAGAUGAAAUGAUUGCUAAAAGAACGAAAUUUGAUGAUAGUGAAUAUCUUGAAAACAAGUCUAAUCCAUUUGAUGAAAGACCUGAAUUUGAAGAUCAUAUGUUUAAUGAUUUUAGUGAUGAGGAAAUAACAGACUUUGAAACUGAAUCAGAAUUUGAAUCUGAUGGUGAGAUAGGUGAAACGAAUGAGAUUAUUAACCCAGUAAGUGGAGAAGUAAAGACAAAUGAGAUCAAAGAAGAAGUUGAGGAAACAGAAACAGAUGCAGAAGGGGAACCUGUUGGAGAAUCUGCAGUAGACCCUGAAUUUUUUGAGAAACUAGUGGAGGAAACAGGUAAAACUGAGGGUCCUUCAACAUCUCAACCUGCUAUAAAAGAGGAAGAACCUGCUAAUGACUCUGAAGACUAUGAAUAUGACAUAAAGCAAAAACUUAAAGAAAUGGGUGAAAUUAGUUUUGAAACCGUUAAGAAAGAAGAUAAACCUAAAAAGUCGGAAGUUGCUACAGAAACAGAAGUUUCCGUAAUGCCAGCCAAAAAGAGUGGAGAUGAAGAAGUCACAAUAGAGAGAAAAGGGGGUGUGAACAUGAGACGCAACAUUAGGGAAGUAAUGGAUGAGGCCAAGCUAGAUGAGUCCACUUUAGCUGCUCAAAGACAGGAAAUGGAACGUUUAAGAAGGGUGCAGGAACAACAGAGAAUUAUAAGAGAAGUUCAAAGACAGGUUGCUCAAGAAAGAAUGCAAAAUAAAGUUUUAUCUUUAUUGCAAGGCAAUAAACCUGGAACAUCAGGUGCAAAAAUAGGGAAUACUGUGCUGGUGAAACUUCCAAAUGGUGAGACUAAACCCAUGACAAGAAUAGCAAAACGUCCUUUUGAUUUAGUUCGAAUCCCAAAACCAUCCAAUAUACCGAAACCUGCCAAUCGUAGCCUAGUAUCGAUGCGAAGGCCUUCAAACUCUGGUCAACUAACGCCUUCCGUCAGCAUUGCCCCAGUUAAUAAAAAACCUGCUCCACUCUUCAAACAGCCGCCUGAAGAAGCAGAGUAUGAUUCCAGUAGGUAUAUAAAACCUCCGCCAAAACAAAAACAUCGCGAUCCAGAUCGUCCAGGGGUUCCCACUAUCGAUCUUUCGUCUGAUGACGAUUGCAUUGUUUUGUCUGAAUCAGAUGGAGAACAUGAAGAAGUUGAGGAAGACCCAUCCAAUUCAGGAAUGCAUACAAACGAUGAAUUUAACCAACCAGAUGAACAAGGGCGUGUGGUAGUUAAUAUAGGCCAUCCAGAAGGCGAACAGGACAUUUAUCUUGCUCCUCAAAUUGCUCGUAUCAUAAAACCUCAUCAGAUUGGCGGUAUUCGUUUUAUGUAUGACAACGUUGUUGAGAGCAUUAAUAGGUUCGAAACGUCAUCUGGUUUUGGUUGUAUCUUAGCUCAUUCAAUGGGUCUCGGUAAAACUUUACAAGUGGUAUCAUUUUCGGACGUGUUUUUGAGACACACUACUGCAAAGACUAUUCUUUGUAUAAUGCCAAUUAAUACUUUGCAAAAUUGGCUAGCAGAAUAUAAUAUGUGGCUUCCUACAGAAGAAAAUGCAGUAAACAGCCCUUUGCAAGCCUAUGGUGAAGUGAGACCGCGAACGUUUAAUUUACAUGUACUAAAUGAUAGUCACAAAACACUUAGUGCUCGAGCAAAAGUGAUACAUGAGUGGCGAAGUGGGGGUGGUGUACUAUUGAUUGGCUAUGAACAAUUCCGGUUGUUAUCGCAGCGAAAACAUCCUCGAUCCAGGUCUCGAAGAAAACCAAAUCCAAUCAAAGAUGCGGAAGAUGAAGAUAAAAACAGGAAGCUCUUUGACGAUGUUCACGAGGCGUUAGUUCGCCCCGGUCCGGACCUAGUAAUCUGUGAUGAAGGACAUAGAAUUAAAAACUCACACGCUUCUAUAUCGCAAGCUUUAAAACAAAUGCGCACAAAACGUCGUAUAGUUCUAACGGGUUAUCCAUUGCAGAACAGUUUGAUGGAAUACUGGUGCAUGGUAGACUUUGUAAGACCCAACUAUUUGGGUACCAAAUCUGAAUUCUGUAAUAUGUUUGAACGACCCAUUCAAAACGGUCAAUGUAUAGAUUCUACGGAAGCGGACAUAAAAUUAAUGCGUUAUCGUGCUCACGUUCUUCACUCUCUACUGGUCGGAUUUGUACAAAGAAGAUCACACGCUGUUCUACAAACUGCUCUGCCUCAAAAAGAAGAGUAUGUCUUGUUGGUCAGAAUGACACCAUUUCAAAGAAAAUUGUACAACACUUUUAUGAAUGAUGUAGUAAGGGUACAGUCAGUACCCAAUCCUCUGAAGGCUUUUGCUGUCUGCUGCAAAAUCUGGAAUCAUCCCGAUGUUCUUUAUAAUUUCUUGAAAAAACGAGCAGGAGGUGAAGCAGUUGAUAUUGACUUAGAAGAGGUUCAAACAAAUGCCGACGGUACUCCGAAUACAAAUUCUAAAAUUAAAAAAGGAACUCCCAAAAGGAAUAAUAGCUCAAGAAGUAAGAAAGCGGGUACUAAACCAGCUGCCUCUAUUACACCUUAUUCUCAAAACGAUAAUAGUAAACCAAAUAGUCAGAAGAAAGGAAAAGGUGGUAAUCAGUUAAACAUUCCAGGCGAAAAUCAACAAUUGUCUGGUCAAAAUCAACAACGAAAUAUUAAUUUCAAUCAGCAACCCAGUACAGGAAAUUUUGCUUGCCAAACCAUUAAUCAGCAAAAUAUCCCCAUGGAGCAAUCACAGAAUCAAAUAAGUAGUAGUAAUCAGAUGAGUUUCAGUAAUUUUGUUGCUAACAAUCCUGGCACUUUUGUAAAUACAACCCCAGACUUUAAUAAAACCCAGUAUCAAGCUGUCAGCUCUCCCACUAAUAAUAAUCAACCUGUCCAUAAGUUAGACCAAUCUCAACAAUUCCAUAGCUUUGGCGAUAAUAGUUCUUCUUUUUCUCCAGACAAUUCCAAUUUUUUCAAGACACCUCAAAAUGAUCAACAAAAUCAAAAUUUUACUAAUUCCUACCCAUUACAACAAAGCACACAAAAUUAUCAAGAUUAUCAGCCAGGUGUGCAAAAUCAAAAUUUCCAAGCCUUUCCUAAUCAACAAUCGCCUAAUACUACCAAUAUUCAAAGUCAAAAUUUCAGUCAGUUCUCAAACUUACAGCAGCAACAGUCUAUUCAAAAUAAUGAAACCUUUCAAAAUCAACCGCAGCAGCAAAGCACAAAUACCUACACAGAUCCAAACACAUUACAAAACCAACCAGGCAGCUUUGCUAAUCAGCAAAACAAUUUCACGAAUCCCCAAAACAACUAUCUCAAUCAGCAAACCAGCUUUUCUAAUCAACAGGGCACUUUUCCAAGUCCGCAAAGUAACUUUGCUAAUCAGCAAAAUACGUUUUUAAAUCAGCAAAAUAAUUUUCCGAAUCAGCAAAGUAACUUUCAGAAUCAGCAAGGGUCUGUUCCAAAUCAAACAACCAAUUUUCCUGCUCAGCAGGGAAACAUAUUGGUUCAGUCAAACAAUUUUUCAAAUCAACCGGGUAAUUUUACAAAACAACAAGCGAAUUUGCCAAGCCAACCAAAUUUAGGAACCGUAAACAGUCAGUUGGGUACUUUAUCAAUUCAACAAAGCGGUUUUCCAAACCAGCAAGCUAAUAUAACAAACCAGCAAACGAAUUUACCGACUCAACAACCAAAUUUUCAAAAUCAGCAGAUAAGUAUCCAAAGUCAACAAAAUAAUUAUACGAAUCAACAACAAUCAAAUUUUAACAAUAUAAAGAAUGAUUUAAUGAAUCAGUCGAAUAAAACUACUAAUCAGCAGAGCACAUUCCCAAAUCAAAUACAACAGGUUCGCACAUUUUCUAACAAUUUUUCUGAAGACAACAAUUUUAUCAACCAAAAUCCCAAUCAAAAGGCGAAUUACGGAAAUAUUAGUCAACCUAUUGAAAAUUUUCAAAAUCAAGACUUUUCAACAUGUGAUAAUCAGAAUUCAUUUUCUUCAUUUCCAAAACCUAAUAAUCAAGGGUUUAGUUAUGAUGCAGAACAUUCGUCGUCUAACUCGAAUUUCGUUCGCUUUGAACAGAGCAACUGGGGUCAACAAAAUAUCAACUAUGAGCAAAAGCCUAGCUAUUUUACGAACUUUCAGACUCCAGCUCAAACUGGUGGUAAUAGUGCUAACAGUUGGAUUAAGAAAGAGGACGAUAUUAAACCGAAAAUAAUUAACAGCCCUAUUAAAUCUGAAAACAGUAACAGCAGUAUUGAGCAUAAGCCAAAAAUUAAUAUAAUUAGUGAUAUUAAAAUUGGAAAUGUAUUUAGUGGUACUUCUUGUAUACCUGAAUCUAAAAAGAUUAAUAUUUUGAGUGAUGUCAAAUUGGAAAUAAAGAAAGAAGAAACUUUAGAGGAAAAAUACCAACCCCCUUUACAAUUUGGGCAAAAUAAUUAUCAACAGAUUGGUGAAGUCAAAACGGAAAAAUUUCAGCAAAUUGGUUCCUUAGAUGUUAAGAAAGAAGAAAUUAAAGAUGAAAUUGUAGAAGAAGAUGAAAUUAAAGUAAAUAAUGACAGUCCUCCUAUUUCUAAAUUAAGAGAUGUUAAGGAUGAUGGGAUUCCUUAUGAUUGGGCUGUUGAAUUACUGAAAGACUAUGUUCCCGGAAUCAUUGAAAAUUCAGCAAAAAUGGAAAUUCUUUUCUGCAUUAUCAGAGAAAGUAUUACCUUAGGAGAUCGAUUGUUACUAUUCAGUCAAUCGUUAAUUACAUUGGAUUUAAUAGAACAAUUUUUACAAUCCAACAAUGUACCAGGAGAAACACAUAAUUGGGCCAAAAACGCCAAUUAUUAUAGGUUGGAUGGUUCAACAAGUGCUUUAGAAAGAGAAAAAUUAAUAAACGAGUUUAAUUCAAAUUCUAAGAUUUACUUGUUUUUGGUUUCUACUCGAGCGGGCUCUUUGGGAAUAAAUUUGAUAGGCGCAAAUCGUGUUGUUGUGUUAGAUGCCUCUUGGAAUCCUUGUCACGAUACUCAGGCUGUAUGCAGAGUUUAUCGAUACGGCCAAAGGAAACCGUGUUUUGUCUAUAGAUUGGUUAUGGACCAUUGCCUUGAAAAGAAAAUUUAUGAUCGCCAAAUCAAUAAACAAGGUAUGUCUGAUCGCGUUGUUGACGAAUGCAAUCCUGAUGCAAACCUUACCAUGAAGGACGUUAGCUCGCUAUGUUUUGAUGAUAAAGAGGAAGUAGAAGAAAAGGAUUGGUCGUCUGUCAAAGAGAACUAUAUAGACAUCGUACUACAGAAAGUUCUAGAGCAGUAUGGUAGACGUUUAAACAAAGAACCGUUUCAACAUGAAUCUCUAUUAGUUGAUCGAAAAGAAAAACAACUUUCUCAACAGGAAAAACGACUUGCUAAAAAGGGAUAUGAAAGAGAAAAGCAAGCAUCCAGACAGCCUGCCUUCCAACCAGGAUCACGUAGUCACAGACCUGUUGCUUCUGUAAGACCAAUGCAGCAAGGAGGCGAAAGGGUGUCGAGGUGGAUACCUGCUGAACACUGGCAAAGACAAGGAAUGACUGCUCAAGAAAUGAUUUUGCCUUUAGAUGUUGUCAUACCAACCAGUCAGCCUGACAAAGGAAAUAUAGUGCUUAAAGCGGGUCAAAAAGUGCUUGUAUUGAAAUCUCCUAAGGGAGUCUACAUGCAAUUAGAAAAUGGUAAAAUAGUUGCAAUAAAAACCGCAAUAAAAGUUAGAGGUAAAGCUGAAGAUAAUGAAGCCGCCAAAGCAGGUGCUGUUAAGUCGAAUUUUCCCCCUUCAAAGACCCACCCUAUGAUGCCUAACCUGCCACAGAAACGUCCACCUAGACCUCCUUUAUCCCAUGGAGUCAACGCUCCCACUAAACUGAAUGUUCGAAGUAUAAGACAGACAGUUCCUAAUCUUGUUUCUCGUAUUCAAAGUGUUAAUCGCAAAAUUAACGUGGCAAAAACAAAACCUUAUCAAAUUGGACAAGAGAUUGUGAAGGGUGUAGGAAUGUCUAAAGACAGCGAAUUGUCGUCGCCCACCCCUGUGUCGCCUCAGCAGCAAUUAAUGCAGCAACAGUAUCGACAGUCACAACAGCAAUCAAAAAUAGGUAGUGAGGACUAUGCCCGUCUUCAAAGACACAAUUUUUCGUUUGGAGAAAAGCCUGAAGUAAACAGCAAAGUAAUUAAAUUUCAAAGUAGAGGAGAUGUACAGAUUACAAAAGUUCCUCCAGUAAAGGCUAAAAUAGCACCUAGAUCGUCUACCGCAACAGAAAAUAGAGGGGAUGUUACAUCAACAACAACAACAACAAAGGCUGCAAUUGGGUCUGCUAUUGAACAACUUGAACAGUCAACAAGUCAAAUGAUUAACGAAGCGACACAGAGAAUACAGGAUAUUUCAGAAAUGACCCAGUCAUCAUCCUAUUCUGAAGAGGAACCUGAUCAAGAACCUCCUCCAGAAAGCGAGUCAGCAAAUGAGGAAUCGUUUGGUAUGUCAGAAACAGAAGAACUAGAAGCUCCUGAAGAACUGGAGGAUGAAUUUGAAAAUGAUCCUGAGCAAGAACAUGAACAUCCAACCACAGGAGACGUAGAGGAACAACCUAAACCUGAACAUCAACAGCAGCAGCAGCAACAGCAGCAACAACCCCCUCCUCCUGAAUAUCACGCGGGUUAUGGCAAUUAUUACGCCUAUGGUAACAUACAACCUUAUCCUCACCCUCACCCUCCUCCCCCUCCACCUCAAGGUUAUGCUGCUUAUGGACCUCCACAACACCCUCCUUAUGAAAUGAUGGCGUAUCCGCAACCCCCGCAUCAACAACCUCCACAGUAUAAUUAUGCAGUAUAUCCACAAGGCUAUCCACAAUAUGCUCCGCCUCCUGGAGCUCCUCCAUAUGAUUACGGAGCACCUCCUCCACAUCCUCCUCCCCAACCCAUGUAUGCAUACCCUGCACCGUACCCUCCUCAACAAUACGCCCCGCCGCCUCCGCAAGGGCCAUACCCACCUGCAGCACCACCUCCACCUCCAAAUUAUGACUACCAGUAUCAGAACCCACCCCCGCAUGGACAACCACCUCCGGCCUCAACCCCCUACUAUCAAAAUUCGUAAUUUAUGUGUGUGAACGAAAGUGGUGUUAAAUGAAACGUGAAUGAAAUAAAAAUCAGGUACGUCCAUUGCCAGUGAUUGUGAUAAAAAUUCUCUAGAGAGAAUAUAUUUUUUUUUCCAAAAAACGUAAUUUGUAAUUUUUAACAGGCAUUUUUGGUACCUGAAUUUAUGAAAAAGUGACGUAAUUAUUUUCAUUUUCAAAAUAUGAAGCGCGAAUUUUUAAUUGUACAAUAAAAAGACCAGGAAAGGUAAAUAAGAAGAAAAUUUGUUUUUUAAACAGUAAAUUAAUUUUAUUUGAAAUUCUAAUUCUGUCAUGUUGCUUACGUAAUUCAUUGUAAUAUAAUUUUAUUUUGUUUUAAAAAUCAGCUUUUUUGAACAUCUUUUUUUGUACUUUUAUUAUUAGUUAAUUCGAAAUGUAUAGGUUUUACAUUUUACUUAUAUGUAUACGCAUAUGUUUUACUGCAACUUUAGUAAUGUUUGACUUUGAUUGUGUAUUUUAUUUUUUUUAAUGAGUUUUCUCUUUUGGAUUUUCAACGUAUUGCUGGAAAUUAUAAUAAUAUUUAUUCAGUCGCUUAAAAUAUUCUAUAGAAAAUUUUUAAUUAUUAUUGACAGCUUAAGCUCAAAAGAAAUUAAUGUGUAUAUAUAUGUAUUAGUUAUUAAUUCUUCGAUAAUCAGAUACAUUCUUAUAAUAUAAUACACAGAAGACAUUUUAUUAAAACAUUGUUUAAAAUAAAUUCUCCCGAGUUGAUUUUGUUUUAAAAAUAAUGACUUAUUUUUGACUGGCAAUGGCCUCGAUUUUAUUAUCUUUUUGAGAAGUGUAAAUUGAAUGGUGCAAUGCAACUUGCUUUAUUUUAAUAUACUUUGUUAUUGGAAAUAUUGAGAAGGAUCUGAGAAUGUUAUGCGAACUGAAAUCGUAGACGUUCGAAUUUUGUAGCCGUUUAGUAUUAGAGGCGAAGCUUGGUAGCUAAUGUUCUAUGAUAGCCAUUUUAAUAAGUGUGUGCUGAAUGUACUUUUCUUUUUGUGAUUCGACUUGUCAUGGAACUGACUUUUUUACUUACAAAAAUUUGUCUUACUACUUUUUAAGAAUAAGUAUAUUUCAUUGUACAUUUAUUAUUAGUGAUAUGUA